CAUGAAGCCAUGGCAGAGUUCUCUUGGCCCUCAGUACCUCCUCAAUACCCUCAGCCCAACGGCCCUUCGCCCACCACUCCGACUAUGGCCUGGGGUUCCUAUCAGCCCGAUACUGUUGCCGACGUUGGGGGCCUAGCACAGCCCUAUGGGGCAUCGGGAGGUUCACCUAGUUUUGAUGUUAGAACUGCCCAACAACUACAACAACAACAACCAACGACGGCGCCUGUACUAUCGCCGGGGCCUCAUCCUUACUAUACGACAGGAUCAUUGAUAGACCCUAGCAGGACGCCACAGGUUUCCACUCAGCUACCGUCUACUGCAACAAUGGGAAUAAACCCGUUAGAAGAGCGGUGGGAGGUUGCACUGAUGUGUAUCGGGAAGUGCUUGUCGGCUCCAGAGACUGAGCUCGGCAUGCCCCCAGCUGUCUAUGGGCCCUGCGUUCAACCAAGCGGCUUUUCGCCCCUCAUGGGCGAUUUUGUGGCGGAGCCUUCGCCCAGGAGUCGGAAGUUUAGCGCUGUCUCGGCGACCACGCAGUUGUCCCAGUCACAGCCCCAACAGGACCCAAAGGCGUCUCCGAAGGCAUCUUCGACGGUCCCGGAUGGUAGUGUUAGGCAGAUGGCCCCUCAGCUAGAGCAAAUGCAACAGCAGUUGGACACUAUGACUCGCCACUUGCAGUCGUUGGUGCAAACCAAGGCUCAGGUGCCCCCGCCGCAGCAGUACCCGACAUAUGCUAGUAGCCCUCGGUACCUUCCUGCGACGUCGCAGCCUCCACAGGCCACUCCGCGUGACCAUAGGUGGAGCUCGGUUGCUACUCUACCUCAGCAACAGCAGCAGCAGUCCCCUUAUCCGGCGACGGAUCGGCCAGCGAAAACCUCGUUGCUGGACAUCGAGGAGAACGAGCGGAAAAUGCGGGCCCUCGCGUAUCAGCUGAAGAGGCUCCAGAAGGACAUCCACAGCACUAGGCUGGGUUGAUGAUACAUCUGUUACUAUUUACAGCCCUACUAAGGAUCGUUAUACUGCUUUCU